AACACUUCCUGUAGUCAUUGGGGACGCUACGGAGGACCUUGAGCACGUUUGUUGUUACCAGCUGAAUUUACUUGAUUUAACUUACCGCUCCUGCAGCAGCUUUACAGAGGCGGGUUACAGAUAUGGCCAGACGAUUAAUCUAUCCUAUUUACCAGCUGGGAAACCCGCAGCUGAGAAUAUUCCGGCCCACUGUCAGCAUGACCCUCGUCAGACCGGGCAAAGAACAGCCAUCUGAUACAGUGCAGUUUCGCAUCCCUAUGCAGAUGACCAAAUUUGAUGUGAGGAACUACCUGGAGAAGAUCUACAGUGUUCCAGUUUCAGGAGUACGCACUAGGAUUCAGUACUGUUCAAACAAGAAAAGGAACCACUUAAACCAGCGUGUGAAGAGGCCGGAUUACAAAGUGGCAUACGUUCAAUUGGGCCAGCAGCAGACCUUCCAGUUUCCAGAUAUCUUCCCCGAAAAGGAAAAAAAGCAUGAAGAAGGUUCUGUGGAGGAGAUGCAGGAGAAAUUCAUGGAAGAUGAGCGACAGAGGCAGAAACCAGACCCCAGGAGAGGAGGGGUCACCGAAUGGUUCGGUCUCUAAACCCCUACAGACCCUCGUGACAGAAGAUGAUAAAAACUGUUUUGAGAUAAUGAUGAUGUUUCUGUCGGAAUCGCUUGGUGGUGUGAUGGGUCAUAAUCAGACUUAUUUAAAGGAGGAAUUCUGCCUUCUGGAAAUGUUCUCACACAGGCUGAGAUCAAACAGCAGGAAAAGUGGCCCAAAUCCAGUUUUUUCACAAAAUCAGAUUUUUUUUAUUGAGACAUUCAAUUGAGGUGUCUGAUGGGGGGCUUAUUACUAUAAAUGUGUUUAAGCUUGCUGUAAAAAGAGGCAUGUCUUAUGGCUAUGGACAUGAAAAUAAACAUAAUUUUUAGUCUUUUUUAUUGUCCUCCUUCAGCUCCAUUAAGCCAUUUUAUUAGAAACAAGGUACGGCAGUAAUUCAAGACUAAAAUAAUAAUAAUAAAUAAAUAAAUAAUUAUUACAUAAUAUAAAGUAAAAAAAGAGUUGUGUUGCCUGUUAUGAGUUUGUUUUUGCACAACUGAACCCCUCACUCUCUGCUGUCCUCCAUUUUUCCUUUUUCACUAUUAGUUUCCUUCUGUGUUUUUGCUGUUUACUCCGACACACACGAAAAAAAAAAACUAUCACAAAAAUGACAAAAAAGACCUGAUGCAAUGCAUAUAACCAUAGUCUACCAAAAGUUAGCACUGGAAAAUCAUGCAUGUGCCUCUCAUUGUUUUUUUUAUUAUAUCAAUGUUUGUUACAUUAUAUUUCCUGUAUUCAUAUAGCAAUGCUAUGGCACAAUGCAAUAAGGGUCCUCUGCAAAAUAAAGAAUAAUAAUCCUGAUCUGUGAGACCCUUAAAAGUGUGGAAAACUGACAGUCCGCACCAUUGAACUGAAUUUUGUCUAAAAAUGACUGAAAGUUUGAAUGAGGCAGUUUGAAUCUGUAUACUUGAGUUUAUCUUCCAUUAAAAGAUGGAAACAUUGCA